AUGGCCGACAAACUAGCAAAGGACAUGACCCUCAAGGGUUCAUCCACCACCAUGCCAAAACUCAUAUAUGGUACAGCUUGGAAGAGAGAAAGGACAGCAGACCUCGUUUAUACUGCCCUGAAGUGUGGUUUCCGCGGUGUCGACACAGCAGCCCAGCCUGAGCAUUACAACGAGGAAGGUGUAGGGCAAGGUGUCAAACGAGCCAUCAAAGACCGCAUUGUUAAGCGUGAAGGACUAUUUCUCCAAACUAAAUUCUCGCCUCCGGCCAUCCAAGGUGAAAACGCACCUUAUGAUUUCAAGGUACCAGUUGUGGAUCAGGUUCAUCAGUCUGUGCAGUCCUCACUCAAGUACUUCACAAUCGAGGGCGAGGAGCCUUAUCUUGACAGUAUGCUUCUGCAUACUCCCCUGACAAAUAUCGAGGAAACCAUCGCGGCAUGGAAGACACUAGAAACUUACGUGCCCCAUCAGAUUCGUAACCUGGGCAUCUCCAACAUCGAGCUUCCCAUUCUCAAGGAGUUGCAUGAUGCAGUCACUGUGAAACCAAGCGUCGUCCAGAAUUGCUUCCACGCGGGCACACUCUUCGAUGUAGAACUCAGAGCCUACUGUCGACGGCAAGAGAUCGCAUACCAGUCUUUCUGGACACUCAACGGUAACCCAAAACUCGCUGCCAGCAUGCCUAUCGGAAUGGUUUCAGAGAAAGCUGGCGUUGAGUUUGUGGCGGCGUACUAUGCUCUUCUCUUCGGCCUUGACGGAGUUGCAGUUAUAGACGGAACGACAACGGAAAGCCACAUGAAAGAUGACCUCGAAGGGAUUGAGAAAAUUGCAUCUUGGGCGGAGGGUAGUGGUGUAGAUGAGUGGACUCGUGCUCUAUCUGAGUUUAAGCAAAGUAUUGGGGAUGUUCGAAAAUGA